CGGAGAGAACGCGGGUGUGGGGAGGCCGCAGAGGGUGUGGGCGCUUGAGGCUCAAGGAGCAGACGCGCUGAGGCGUCCAGGCACUGCCUAGCUGAGGUUCUGUGCUCUUGGCCAAGAUGAGUUCCACUUCCAGCAAUCCCGAUGAUGGGGACACCACGGAGCAGUCUCAGCUGGGGCUGGACACCGUGAUCCAGAAAUUGGAAGACACCAUCCUGAGCCCCAUGGCCAGCAGGGAGGACCGGGCACUGACUGUGCGUGGAGAAGGCCAGCAGGCCUUGCCCACCCCUGUGCCAGCCCGUAUCCGAGAGAUUGUGUCAGGCAGCCUGGCUGAGGAGCCACUCUCAGGGCUGCAGGAGCUGCCAGCUGCUACAACCCAUGUGCAGGAGGAGAGUGAGCUCCUGCAAGAGGAGCUGGCCCGGUUGGAGGAGCUGUUGGCCCAGGCAGAGGCCGAGCGGGAGGAGCUGGCCAGCAGGUGUCACAUGGUCAGCCAGAGGCUGCAGGCCCGCCUGGAUACCGCUGAGGCCCGGCUUCGGAAGUCAGAGAUGGAGCAUAGCAUGGACUUGGAGGAGGCUCUCAGCCGGCUGGAGGCCUCACAGCAGAGGAGCAAGGGCCUUUCCCAAGUGAACACUCUCCUGCGGGGACAACUGGAGCACAUGCAAAAGGCCAAUGACACACUGGCCAGGGAGCUGGCCAUGACAACACACAACUUGCUCCGCCUACAGAGCAAGCUGGUGCUGCGGGAGGUCACAUGCAAGAAACAGGCCCUAGAGAAACAGCUGGCACAGAGCCUGCAGGAUCAGGAAACCCAGAUGGACAUUCUGCAAGACGCUCUCCAAGAGAAGAACUCAUUGUCUGAGGAGCGGGCUCAACUACUGGCUAAGCAGGAAGCCCUGGAGAGACAUAGCAAGCUUGUGACUAAGGAAGCAGCUGAUCUGAGGGCUGAGAGGAACUCUCUGGAGAACAGCCUUUUGGAGGCCCAACAGCUGGUGACACAGCUGCAGACCCAGCAGGAACAGCUAGAAGGAGAGGCCCAUGCCACUCAGCUCGCUCGCCAGGCCUUGCAAGUGGAGAUGGAGCGGCUGAAAAGUGACUGGGAGGUCCGAGAGACAAAGCUGCUGUGGGAGCUGGGCCAGCUGCAGCAGCAGGCUGCACAGCAGGAGCAGAAGGCACAGCUGGCCUUGGAGCACCAGGCGCUGGCCCACAGAGAGGACCUGGCGCGGCUGCAGAGGGAAAAGGACACUCUCAGUUUAUCCCUGGCAGAGGAGAAAGAGGUGGCUGUCCAGUGGAUGGAACAACAGAAGGAUCUGGUGACAAAAAGCACAGCUGAAAGGGAGGCUCUGAAGGGAGAAAUUCAGAGCCUGAAGCAGGAGCGGGAUGAGAGCCUCCUCCAGCUGGAGCAUGAGAUGCAGCAGGCCCUGUCUCUGAAGGAUGCUGAGAAAAGCCUGCUGAGCAAGGAGCUCUCUGGAGCUAACAGGGAGCUGGAACGGGCCCGGCAGGAGGCCCAGAGCCAGCAAGCACAAGCUGAGGCUACCAUCACCACCAUGACCACAGAGCUGAGAAGCCUCCAGGCCCAGUUUGAGGAGGCCAUCUCCACCCACCAGAGAGAAGCUGAAACUCUGAGGGAGAAGCUCCGGGAAAUAGUGGCUGAGCGGAGCAGCGUGAGGAGAGAGGCUGAGGGACUGCAGGCUCAGUUGAACAUGGCUCAUGAAAGGCUGGCUGAGCUGCAUCAAGAGCUUCGGGACAGUGAGGAGAGCUGUGAGGGGCUACGCAGGGAGGCUUUGGAGGCUCGCCGGGCACUGGACGAUGAGGCUCAAGAGAAGGAUAUACUGCAACACUCCAACACCAAACUGAGGGCCACCAUCCACAGGGCUGAGCACGAGAAAGCCAGUUUUAAGAGGUCCAAGGAGGAGCAGGAGCAGAAGCUGCUGUUGCUUCAGGAGGCUCAAGUGACAGCUCAGAAGGAAACCCAGGAGCUGAGGACCAGGCUGCAGGAGCUAGAACGGGCACAGGGGGAUGCCUGCCGGAAACUCCAGGAGUGCCACAGGCAGGUAAGAACACUGGAAGCUGAGAACCAGAGGAAGAGGCAGGAAGUAAGUGAGCUGCAGGCCCAGGUCUCUAGGGAUGCACAGAAGCAACGGAGGAACUUGCAGGAGACACUGGAGCUGCAGAGACAGGUAGCUGAGGCCCAGACUUCCCGUGAUGGUGUCCAGAAAGAGGUUGAAGAGCUACAGCAUAAGUUGGCCAUAGUAGAGGCAGCGGGGGAGGCGCGAGCAAAGCAGCUGGAGGGGCAUCUCUGUGAGAGUCAGAGGGCUGAGCAGACCCUGCGGGCAGAGCUACGCAGAAUCACCAGGAAGUUACAACAGGCCAGCAGCCGGGCUGACAGCCUUCAGACCAGCCUGGACAGUGCCUGUAGCCGAGUCCGAACCCUGGAGCAGGAGCUGGCCCAGGCUGAGAGCGCUAGGCGCAAUGCGGAGGCACAGCUGGGCCGGCUGUGCUCCAUACUCCGCAGCGGCCUGGGGCUCUGGCAUGUGGCCUCUCCAGAGCGGCCCCACUCUCCCAUGACAGGCAGCCCCCAGACUUGCCCUGGAUGGCAAAGGGCCAGUUCACCUACUAGAUCCUAUUCUCCAGCCCGAUGGCCCUCACCUGUACAGGGAGACUCUGACUCAGCAAUCAUAGACACGGCCUCUGUAAGGGAUGCCCUGAGGGACUUGGUGCAAAAGCUUCAGGAAGCCCAGCAGGAGCGGGAUAACUCUCGCAUCCAGGUGGACAGUUUGAGCAGCCGGCUGAGCGAGGCAAAGAGUGAGCAUGUCUGCCUCCAGAGCCUCAUAGUGCAGCUACGGAAGGACGUAGCUGAGGCAGAAGAAGGCCAGCGCAGGGCAGAGAGUGCAAUGCACAGUGCCCUGGCAGCUCGGGUGCUGCAGAAGGAGGCACUCCAGCGGCUGGAGGCAGAGCACCUGGCGAGCACACGAGCCGCAGGCCAGGAGAGGCGGAGGCUGCAGAACCAAAUAGACACCCUAAGUCAGGCCCUGGAGGAGAGCAACAGCUUCUCCCCUAACCAGGUUCUUCUACGGAGUCGUGGAGAGCAGGAAGCUGCAGCCACACUGCAGGCAGAGAGGCACGCCUUAAGGGAGCAAGCAACUUCACUGCGCACCGAGCGGACCCGCCUACAGGGAGAGCUGGCGGCACUGCGCACACGCCUUCUACAGACAGAGCAGGAAACUCUGAGGAAGGAGGAGGACACAGCAAUGCUGGGGGCCAAGAAGGAGUGGCUGCUCCAGGUUCUGAGCAGCCUGCACCAGGAAGUAGAUGGGGCCCUGCGGCAGAGGCAGCAGCUGCAGGUGGCUAGCCCGAAGAAGCAGCUGGACCAGGAAGUGUGUCAGCAGCAGCAACAGGCCCAUAGUGACUAG